GAGGAAACCCGCCCCCAAGGAAAGCGUCCCUUGUGUGAGGUAAAGCUCCACCGUGCUCUUUGCAACCUGCUCAGUGAGCUCAGCCCCUGGGAAUCUAAACUGUUGGCAGCCAACAAGAGAAUGCGGACCAAGAUGAGGCACGAAUGGACGGAUUACCAAAAGAGAGAUGAAAAUUACAUAGACCCGGCCGAGGAGGCCUGGGCAAGUGACCCUGAGCCAGAGCCAGAACCUCCCCCGCCACCACCCCAAGAGUCCUCCUCAUCCUCGUCAUCUAGUGAGGAGUCCCUGGAUGAGGAGGGGAACCCAAAGCGAAAGUUACGGAAGCGGCGGGCGAAGCAGCAGGCAGCUUCGCUGAUCAUGGAGAACACGGCACCGGCCCCUGAGGUGACCAGUGUUGCCACACCAGAGGAGACCUCAGAUGGCUAUGCCGUCUCAUCAAGGGGCCGUAUACGCAAGGUCAAGAAAAUGAUCAACUAUGAUGGGCUAGACUUUGAGAAGCUGGCACUACAGGCCUCACUGGAGGCUGAGCAGGAGAGGGUGAGGAAGAAGAGGAAGAAGGAGGAGGAAGAGAGGGAACGUGAAGAGCAGGAGAACAGUAACAGCAGCAGUAGCAACAGUCACCAGCCGAUGUCAGGGGUGCGGCGUUACCUCAUGUCACAGACAGGGCGGCUGAUGGGCUACAUUGACAAUGAGGGACAGGUUCACUCAGGCAGUGCAGUGAAGGACGCCAAGAGUGACAGAGGAGUUGACAUAUCAUCAGUGAGGAACUUGGCUAGCCAGCUUGUGUCUGGGGCUAAGAAGGACAGCACACAUACUCCUCUGAAAACAGGUGUCAGUGCGCCCAGUGAGACUGUUCAGAACUCCAGCCUAAAGCCAGGAGUCCCCACGGUGGUGGUGGCAGCCAUCAACAACCAGGGUUCGCCGGUGUACGUGCGCGUGGUGGGUGAGCAAGCACUGCAGCUGGUCAAGUACAUGCGUCCCAGUACCAAGGGCCCCGUGUCUCAGAUCAAACUGCAGCACCACGGCCAGACUUACACUGUUAACACCAAUGCUCACAUGAUAACACACAACAUUCCAGGCAUGCCAGAUGGGGAGGCCACAGAGAAGCCAAGCCCCAGCACCACUCAGUCUGGUAACAGUGCCGUCCCGCCUACCUCAGCUCUGACUCAGCCGAGACCUGCCACCGCUCUCCAGGCCCUCUCCACAAGCACCUCGCCCUCUGGUCCACGCGUAGCACCCGUGUCCAACAUGGUGACCUCGGCACCUAAUCCUCCCAACACUCUUGCUCUUGCAUACCGGGGAGUGUCAAAGCCCACCAGGCCACUGACCAUUUCUACACCAAGUCGACCCACAGGCACACUAGUGCCAGGCGCUGUGGCACUGCAGAAUCCUAACCACCAGACAGCCCUUGCCACAACGAGGCUGGUGUCGGCGUCGCCGUCGGUAGUGUCGUCUGUGGUGCCGCCCACUGUCAGGAGCAAUACCAGUCUUGGUUCGUCCACCCACAAUGUCAUGACUGUCAGUCAGCAGGUCAGCAACAGACAGCCAGCUCCCACGGUAAUUGCCUCCUCCCCCAGACCACCUGGGACACCAGUGGUUAACAGAAUAGCUGUGUCGUCUGGCAUGGCUCACAGCAAUGUCGGUGCUAGUCCACAUCAGCCUGGGACACAGGUGGUAGUGCAGCAGCAACAGCCGCAACAGCAGACAGUCGGACAGCAACAGCCACAGCAGCAGCAGCAGGCAGUGGUCCAGACCCCAGCACCAGUAACUCUUGCCAGCUCACAGCCUUUGGGACAAGCAGUAACAGUCACAAGCAUGGCAGUGCCUGGUGCUGGGGGUCAAGUACAACUCAAGCUGGAGUCUGAGUCAUUGGCUCAGCUGAUGCAGCGCACUGGGAGCAAGAUUGUUGCUCUGCCCAAUGGGCGAGGAGGCUAUACCCUCUCCCUCACCCCUGGAGCUGUCACCCCUGGUCAGGCAGGCCAGAAGGCACAACAGACUCAGAUAGCAGCCAACACUGCCGCCAAGGUACAGGUCGUGUCCUGUACAACGCCCAUUCUCCAGGAAGCCUCCCCGCCGCCCGCACCACAGCAACAGCAGCAAGUGAUCCAGCAACAAGCUCACAUCAUCUCGCCCCAAGGAGUCUCCAGAACAGCUACAGUGGUCCACCCAGGCAUGGCCGCAGUUCCCCGGGCAACUGGUGUAGUGCAGCAACAGGUGGUGAGACAGGUUGUACCAGUGACCCAAGCACAUGUGCUGAAGGAUACAGGUACAGCCACACAAGUGGUGGCAUCCAGUGGAAGCCAGCAGCAGACGGUGUACCAGCGUGUGGGUGUGCCGCAGCGGGUGUACAACCAGCUGGUGACAGCCACUUCCAGCGCCCCUGCCACAACCUCCGUGCCCGCCUCCCAGCACACUCUUGCUACCACAGUCGUCAAUGCGAACCAGCAGGUGCAGGGGGCCCUCCAGCAUGCAGUGGUCCAGAAAGCCACUACGAGUGGCACUCCACAGGCAGUCAGCUUCCAGGCCACGUCACCAGGGGGCCAGCAGCAACAGUUUGUGGUACAGCAGCGUGUGGUGCCAAGCAGCCAGGUGACAACGCAAGCGACACCAGCAGUGGUUCAGCAGGCCACUGGCGGAGCGACCACAACCUUCAAGCCCAUGGUCAUUAGUCAGGGGGUCCAGCAGGGUGGUCAGCAAGUGGUUCGGGUUGCCCACACCCCCGUCAUACAGCAACAGCAGCAGCAGCAGGUAGUGAGGUUGCAACACGCGUCGCCUACGAACACAACGCAGAAGCUGGUGCAGAUAGUACAGCCAGGAGGUGCAAGACAGGUGGUUCAGAUGGUGCAGCAGGUGGUUGCCACGCAGGCGCAGGCCACGGCAGGUCAUCAGGGCCUCAUCUACGUACAAGGGUCGGGUCAGGUCAUACAGCAGCAACCUAAAACGUCAAUAGGGACCAUCCAGCAGAGUCUGGCACAGCCACAGCAGCAACAGGUAGUGGUAGGUCAGGUGGCUCAGCAGCAAAUUUUGCAGCAGCAGCAACAGCAGCAGGUGGCAGUGCAACCACAGCCGCAAAUAGUACAACAGCAGCAGAUUCUGCGACACCAACCACAAGCCACACAUCAGGUGACGCAGCAACAGCAGGCUGUAGUCCAACAGCAGCAAACUGUAGUGCAACAGCAACAGCCUGCACCACAGCAACAGCAACAGCAGCAACAGACACAGCCACAGGUACAGCAAGGUCGACUUGUGUUACUGAGAACAAAUCAAGGCGAGCAGGUGUGCCUGCAGCACGCGGACGGGAGGGUGUCGCUGCUGUCCCAGGAGCAGCUGCAGGCAGUCAUUAGAAACGGCUCGAAUAAGGCCGCCCAACAGACGUGAGAGGAGACCCGCAGCUGCUAGAAACAGCAGAGACAAGAGUGACGUUGCUCCAGUGAUAUCAUGAACUGACAGCCGGUGUUGAAACAGGAGAGAUCAUGCAGGAGGUUUUUCCUUUUUUGUUUUGUUUUGACGAGGUGAAGUUGUUUAUUACAUAGUGCGUGUGCGUAUCGUGUGUGAGUGUCCACGUGCAAGUGCGAAAGGCUCCGGCUAACGAGAUGGAAUUGCGUUCCCCAAGGGAUGAAUUCGUCACAGGAAGAGGAAAAAUCACAUUUUGACAUUGUAUGUAUUUUAUUUUAUUCUAAAAUGGACCUCUGUUGUAGUAGACGUCUUUUACAAUUAAACUAAACAUUAUU